AUGGAGAAGCGGAUCGGCAUGCAGCUAGACCAGGCCAUCCUAGAGGACAUACUCAUCGCCUCUGGCACGGGCACGGCCACACCGGCCAUGCAGCAGCACGCGCUGUACGACACGGACGUGGUUGCGUGCAUCUUCUCGGUGUUCCUCAACCUCGACGACGACAACGAGGAAGACGCCGGGUUCGACUACGACAGCCCGUGGUCACCGAAGCAGAGCCUCCUGGUGAAGGCCGCCAAGCUGCUGAAUAGCUACCUCGCAGAGGUCGCGCUCGACUCCAACAUCCUUCCGUCGUCCAAGUUCUCGCUCACCGAGCUGCCCCUGGACCAUGCUCUUUGUUUUGUUUUUCCGUGA